UACAGAUCGGAGUAAGAAACUCACUUUAUAAACGUGACAACCGUAAAACACAAAAAAUACAAAAUGGACACAAAUUAUACAACUCCAGUCAUAGACAGCCUCAACGUGUAUGUUACACCAUUCAUCAUAGUUUUUGGUCUUCCUGGAAACCUCCUUACCGCUUUGAUUUUCUUCCGAACUGAUUUAAAGAAACAUUCAUCAAGUUUUUACCUUGGAAGCUUAGCAAUUGCCGAUGCUUGCUACCUCAUCAUUCUACUAACAUCAGUACUGGAAUUCCACUCGCAGAUUGCCAUCUACAACGCUGACAAUGUUGUUUGUCAGUUGGUGAAUUACGCGGGCAGCGUUUUCAGCAACUGGAGCGUCUGGUUGAUUGUGGCGUUUACCAGCGAACGAUACAUUGCCUUGGCGUAUCCUUUACAUCGUCCUGUGUUGUGUACGGUGAGCAAAGCAAGAAUCAUUACGUUCUGUUUAUUUUUCGCGGCGUGCGUGGCAAAUUUACACAUCAUUUGGGUGAGCGGCGUGGACGUGCAAGGAUGGUGUACGGUGAGACAGGAGUUGAUUAAAUUCAGCCAAGUUGUGAAUUAUUUCGAUACGCUGUUAACGUCUAUUUUGCCAACAAUCACAAUUAUGGUUUUGAAUACGUUGAUUGGGAGAAUUGUUAGUCGAUAUAGGGAGAAUUUCUUUGCGCAUCAAAUGGAUGAUGAGAGUGUUAGUGUUUCGACGAGAAGUUUUGAAAAUAGGAGUGAACGUCAAAGUCGUAGAAUUGGAAGUGGAGUAUCACAUCAAAGUGAUAAUAAACGGACUGCAUUUCGUGAGAAGAGAACAAUGAUGGCUCAUUCACAAUGCAGCAUUACAAAGUUGAUUCUUUUAACGUCAACAGCAUUUUUAGUUUUGAACAUACCAAGUUAUAUCAUAAGAUUAGUAAUGUUCACUUACUAUUCUUUGGAACUUGAUUACCCGCUGGAAUUAAUUUAUGCUCAGCGCAUCGUCAACGUUCUCUAUCAAGCCAAUUUUAGUGUUAAUUUCCUACUGUACGCAAUGUGCGGCACAACAUUUCGGAAAGCACUUAAAGCAUUUCUUUGUCAAAACGUCAAUAUCAUCAAAAAAUGUCUGCGAAUAUCAACGCAAUAAAUGCGAAUCACUCGUAAAAUUAUAUCGUCUAGCUAAUAAAUUGAAAGAGAGCAUAAAAUGAGAAUGAUCUUCAACAAACACGUGGAAAUUGCAGACCGCGCCUUGUAGUUUGCACUUUUACGACGCAAAUACAUUUAUGUAAAUGUGUAGAUCUUGAACUUGAUGAUAGAAAAUGCUUGAGCACCCUUGAGGUGGCAUUUUGCUAUUGACCUUAUAAUCAACUUUUUUACUGUUACAUUCCUAGUUACACUCAAACAAUUGCGAGGCAAGCAACGGCUAAAAAUAGUGCAUCUGUAGAAAUGCACUUGGAAUUAAUUCAGAUGCUUGUAGAAUCGAGAGAUAAACUUAUGACGCAGGUUGCUUGGAGAUAAAAAUGGAAAUUACAGACGAGAAUAGACACACGCAAGAGGAUUAAUUGAUUCAACAGUGUUACAGACGUAAAUUUUGCAUUGACACAAAUAUAAACUUAAUUCAACUUUACACUUAAACAUAAGUGACAUGAAAUAAUAUUUUAAGCAACUUACACAAGUUUUGCCUGAUCCAGUAGGUCCAACCAACAUCAAACCAUGUCGCACGACUGUUGUUUCAUAUAAUUGUAUUACUUUCUUGACAUAGUCUACAAAGAUAAACAAAAAGGUAAAUAUUAAAAAGCUUACCAAAUAAAAAUUUAAAAUAUCA